AUGGGCUGCGGGGCCAGCACAAUGUACGUGGCCGGCAACGGCAGUUUUGCUGGCGAUAAUGCUCCUACCAACGAAAAUACGUUCCUGUCGAGCUCCCACUUCUUCAAGCGCAAGAUGCGAGGGAAUGCUUCGGGGGGUCGGGUUACAGGUAACAAUUUGAAAUCCGUACGGCAUGAUGAUUCUGAGGAGCUGUCCGACAUCACCGCACCGCCCUCCGCACGGAAUAGCGCCGUGGACACGACCCCCAGCGGACACGCACUGUUCAGGUCGGAUGACUUGGGGCGGCAGCGGCUAGAGGUGCCGCUCUCCAUCGAGGAGGACUUCUUCGUCUACGAUGAUGCUGUCGUGUCGAAGAACGAGGCGCAGACGAAGCACUGGCGCAUUGAGGGGCGCAAGCCGCAGGCGGCGACACUGAGGCGGCCAUCGUCUGACAUUGUUACUGGCGUGAAGGGGCGCACACUGUUCCACUUCACCGACUUCAACGUCUGCGUGGACGAGAUGGACGUGACGGUGAAUCAGGAGACGGGCACCGGCGAGGAGCACCGGCUGUCCAUCCGUCAUAGUGCACUGCAGCAGCUACUCAUUGGCGCGACGGUGACGCGGACGUUCAGUACGCUGCCCAACACGGUGGCUGCCAUGGAGCGGUCGGGUGGGGGCGCGAUGCGGAAGAAGUCAUCUCGCAAGCUACGCGACUUCAAUGUCGGAACACUCAUUGGCCACUCGGCUCGCGUGAAGUGCAUCGCUGUAUCGUCCAAUGAGCUUAGCUUCGUGAGCUGCUCGAGCGAGGAGGCGUCUGUGACGAUGCGCAACCUAGUGACGGGGCAGGAAGAGGGCAUCUUCACCGGCCACCACGACACCGUCAUAUGUACCGCACUCUCGCCAGACGGCAAGUACCUGGCGACGACCAGCAAGGAUCAUACCAUGACAUUAUGGGACGCAACCAUUACAAAGCUUCUAUACGUGCUGCAGCAUGAUAAGGUGGUCAUCUGCUGCUGCUUUAGCCCAGAUAGCAAGACGGUAAUAUCGGGGUGCCAGGACCGCAUUUGCCGAGUGUGGGACAUACGUCAGGCGAAGGAGCGGCUGGUGUUCAGCCAGCACGCCGGUAUCAUCGUUAGCGUGGCGUACAGCCCCGACGGGGCGUACGUGUGCAGCGCAUCUGCGGACCGUACACUGCGUGUGUGGUCGGCAACGACUGGCAAGACACACCUGACGCUGCAGGGCCACGUCGGCAUCGUCUUGGCAUGCAGUUACACCUCCGACGGAAAACACAUCAUUAGCAACGACGAGAGUAUUCUCUGCGUGUGGUCGACAGCCAACGGGACGUGCAAGCUUCGGCUUACUGUUGCGGAUGUUGCCAACAAGAUGCGCAGCACGUACCGCGUUGCAAAGUUGGGCUGGACGGUGUCAUGUGCUGCACCCGGCCCCUUCACUGACUAUAUCGCUGUAGCCUGCACGAAUCGCUUCGUGUACAUUCUCAAAUUAAAAGAUGGCGAAGAGUGCACCAGCACGUUCUGCAAGGCCCCUGUGUACUGCAUGUCUAGUGGCUCCAGCAGCAAGCUUCUCUUUGGGGACAGCUUCGGCAAUAUAUACACACAGACAUUGUUGUAG